CUCGCGUGCGAAAUAAUAUGGCUGGGGAGUUGAACCACGAAUAGAGAUAAGGCCAAAAAAAAAAAAAACAGUGCUCUCUCUCUCUCUCUCGCGCGACACUUGAAACAAUAUAACCAAACAAAAUUCAAAAAAAAAAAAAAGCGAGAGGAACAAAAUUUUGUCAACGCUCUCAAAAAUUUCUUGUGUUCUAUCUCCCAACUUUUCUUUUUUACUUUUUUAUCAUCUAGUGCGUGCGUGAAAAUAAUAAUAAUAAUAAUACUCAUAUCAAAAAGGAAGUGAAUUUUUUAAUUUUGGUAAAAUUUUUGUGAAUUUGAAAAAAUUAAUAGUGAAAAAUUAUUUGAUUUUUGAAAAGAAAUAAAAAAAUAGUGAGUGAUUUAAAAAGAAAACAUUUUCCCGCUGGUGUAUUUUAACAGCACCUUAUUUCUCUCUCUCUCUCUGUCUUGCUCUCUCUCUCUCUCCUAAUCGCAAACCGCCCCACCCCGAUAUCGUCUCGUCACAUCAUUCUCUCUCUCUCUCUCUUUUUCGCCCCACCCCAAAAAAAAGCCCGAUCCGUAACGAUCAAAGUCAUUGCAGAAUUUAUAAUGCACGCAUGAGGAAGCAUAUGUGCACAACGAGAGAAAACAAUAUUUGAUAUUAUAUGGACGACUUAUUGCAAUACUUAUUGGAUAUAAAAUAUAUAUAACGGAAAGUGUUUCUUGAGUUGUGACAAACUACCAUAAACAGCCGCAUUUUUGUCGCGAGGAGGAAUUUCCAACUAUAUAGAGAGAGAGAAGAGAGAAAUAUAUACGUUGAGAGGAGAACAUACACAUCGUGAGGCUCGACGUAACCGCCUGACUGUGACACAUUGAAUAGAGGACAACUUAUUUGGACUGAAAAAAUUGAGUUGGAGAAACAAAACGCGAACCUGCAUAUCCGAUUAGUUGGGGCAGCAGAGCUUUCUAUAUUGCCUGACAAUUGACUGCUCUUCUAGCCCAAAAUGCACAUUGAAGUGCAAGUGGCUCUAAAUUUUGUAAUAUCAUAUCUGUACAACAAACUUCCGCGGCGACGUGUUAAUAUAUUUGGCGAGGAAUUGGAGAAAGCCUUAAAGGACAAAUUCAAGGGUCACUGGUAUCCAGAAAAGCCCUUUAAGGGUUCGGCCUUCAGAUGUCUCAAGACAGGUGAUCCAAUAGAUCGAGUACUCGAGAGAGCUGCCAAAGAAAGUGGUGUCCCAAUUCAGGAUAUUCUUGAGAAUUUACCAGCUGAAUUGGCCGUGUGGGUUGAUCCUGGUGAGGUCAGUUAUCGAAUUGGCGAAACAAGUGUCAUUAAAAUCCUCUACUCUGAGUCAGCCGAUUUACAUGAGGAUUCAUCAGCCGAUCGUGAGGUUACAAAAACUUUCAAUCCUGAGGCCCAGUGUUUCCGACCAAUUGAAUCGGUUGGCACAUCACUUAGUGGACUUAGCUUGAGUCCCAAGUCAACAUCGCCAUUUCCAAAUUCAUUGGGUGGAAGCAGCAACAAUGGAGGUCAAAACAAUGGUGGCGGCAGUAGCAGCAGCAGUAACACAAGCAACGGUUCCAAUAGCAAUAAUCAACAGAAUGGUCACGCCUCCGGCUCGUCCUCGGCGCCAUCACCCACUCCUCUCUCAAGUUCCUUCAAGAGCUCUCCAAGUCCUGGGCCGAGUUUCAUACCCAGAUCCACUGCUCCCCUCACAUUCACUACAGCCACUUUUGCCCAAACAAAAUUCGGCAGUACAAAACUCAAGACCAGCAGCAAGAGGGCCAACAGAAUGUCGCCCACUGAGUUUUCCAAUUACAUAAAGCAACGCGCCAUCCAGCAACAGAUUCACCAUCACCAUCAUCAUCCGCAACAUCAACAGCAACCAGGCCUCCCUACUUCCCAGACAUCACCAAACAGCCGCAGUCUUUCCCCAGGUGUACAAGGACACUCGGAUCCAAGUGCAUAUUUUUUACAGCACACACCAACAUACAUAAAUCCCUCACAAUUUCCUCAUCGUAGUCUUUUUGAUUCGUCCGGACAUAGUGGCGGUUAUUUGCCGGCAGACAUUUACACCAGCACCAAAUUUCCCACAUCCUAUUUGGAUCCAACGAUUGGACACCAAUUCUAUGGAACAAUGAACAGUGCUACCACUCAACAGACAACGGGAAAUUUGGCCGUUGGUUCAGCCAAUGUCACUAACACGUCCAAUGUCACCCAACAGCAGGACAAGACUAAUUUAGUUGAGGGUCUGAAUAAUUUCGGCCUUGGUUCCGUAGUGACGCCCUAUCCGGCCAAUCAGUAUCAACAUCUUCUUGUGGCCAACUAAUACUCCGCAAAACUUUCAGUAGCACGAGCUCGCUCACUGUACUCGUUUUCGGUGGUCUAAUAUCUUCUCCCCCUUCAAUUCUUUAACAAACAAAAGAACAGAGUCUGUCGAGAGAAAAUGAAUGUGUGCAUGAACGAAAGAGAGAGAGAGAGAGAGAGAAAGAGAGACUAAUAGCGAGAAUGUGCGAGAAAAAGUGUUUACACCUCUUUGUCCAAACAACUAUACCUAAAAUCCCUUUGACUACCUCGAUAAAUAGAGACCACACAGAGGUCUUCCCUGUAUUCCUAAAUGGCCUCGUUGCGAAUAACAUACAAUAUUGUCAAGAGCCAAUUCGGCCAAGAUCGAAUUGAUCUCACUGGGUCGACUUCACGGCACGUUCACUAUCAUACUUGCUUUUUUCCCCUUUUAGAAUCGGUGGUGUACUUGAAAAUUCAAAGAUAAGAUCGAUGAAUUUCGCUGAGGGGAAAAGGCAUAAUUUUACUAAUUGCUUGGAAAAAAUCAUUAGCCGAGACAAGUGUUGAUUAAACAGGCCCUGUAUUUUAUUUUACAGUGCCGAAAUUUAUGGUAACAACUUCCAGUUAACUUAAAUAUCUGCAUCAAAACAACGCAGAAUUGAUACAGGAAACUUGUUCAUAGACAUAAAGUAUACUGAAAAGGAUACAAAUGUUUUUUUUGUCCUUUUUUAUCUUAUAAUUUACUUUCACGAACGAGUUUGACAAAGUUAUUUUCCGUAGGCCUUAGGGUGAUUCCAGAAUGGGUAUACUUAAACGUUCGAAUAGUGUUGUUGGUUGGUUCAGACCUUGAUUCAAAGCUUUAGUCGAAUUUUUAGAUGCCUAUUGUGGACUCAUCUUUUAAUCACAAACGUAUUGUUAUUUAUGAAAAUGCGCACCUCUAAUGGGACCCUAAGAACAUUUGAAAACUCUAGACGUAUAACGUCACCAAUGCUAAACUAAAUGGGAACCAACGCGACGUGUAUGCAACGCUUGUUCUUAGGGUCCCAAUGGAGACGCUGCACCAUUAAGAUCUGCCUAUGCAUGCAUCUGUUUCGUGAAUCGAUUGUGUAUUUCCUUAUAAAAAUUGACCUCAAAAUUCAAAGCGCAAUAUUAAGAGUAUAGUAUUUUUUGUAUAUUUUUAAAAUUUUUUGUGAUAUUAAUUUCUUUUUAAAACAUAUCUUUUUUAUAUACUAUAUAACUUAAUUUUUAGGUUUAAUUGAAUUUUUAUAUUUUUGUUUUAGAAAUUAGUUUUAAACAUUAUUUGUUUGUUAAGGUGAAAAUGGUUAGAGUAUAUAUAUAGUAAUUUUGGGGUUAGAUUUCCUUUUAGUUAUUAAAUAAUUGAGUGUAUAAUUUCAUAUCACUUUCGUUAUGUUUCUCGAUAUUAUUCUUUCUAGAUUCUAUUCAAUGACAAUACGUUUGUAAAUUGAAACAAUAACUUAAAUGAUCUAUUGUUUAAUAAACACUUGAGAUUUUAGUCCUUUGACAAAAAAUUAAAGUGAACGAGCCGUGGUCGACGGAUAAGCGAGCCACGCACGUUGUCGCAUCGUCGAUCUCUUCCCCGAGUCGACUCAAAACGAUCUCAGUUUUGGAAGAUUUGAUACCGAGUGUGUUAUAUAUACCAAAAUAAAAGUAUGUUAGCAAAGACGCGUGGCACUCCACAUCCUGGGCGCGAGUGCUCGUGAAAUCACCACCUAUUAUAGAAAGUAUGUGUGUAUGUUAAAGAGAAUUUAAAGAAUAAACUCGAUCCAAGAUUCGUGGAAAAAUCUCGUUCAACUAUAUUUGCGGGCAUGAACAUAUUGAAUGAAAAACAAAUUUCGUGGCGUUUAUUAACAAUGGUUGGUGAGAUGGUUACGCAAUGAUGCAUGGUACUUAUCGACAUAUAGAUGUAUACGCAAAAAAAACACAAAGAAACAAACAAAAAAAAAAGUCGAGUUUCUGUCUCCAUGCGCUGAUGCGGACCAAGCGCCAAACGCCGACCUUGGAACAGCGACACAGAUAUUACCAACGCGUAAUAAUUUAUUUUUUCACUGGUAUAGUCGGAAAAUAACGAUAUAUCUGUAGAGAGCCUACGUAUGAUAAAUGCAAAUGCACUUACUUCGGCGAGUUUUUGCAGAACGGUAGAAACUCAGCUGAAAAGUUGUUGAAAAAAAAAAAAUGCCGAAGAUUGAAUCAUGCGGCAAGCCUAUAUAUAAGGGACUGGAGUCGUUUUAAGUAACGCAUCCCUAAUCAUAGGUGUAGCGCCCUGAGGAAAGUGGGUUCAAAAAUGAGUAUGCGUUAAAAAGUGUAGCUUAAUUCAAAAAAAAAAAGAAGGAAAAGAAAAUGUGUGAAAGAUAAAAAAAAAAAAAAAAAAAAAAAAAAAAAGACAGGGAUCUAAUGCGAAGGCUACGAAAUUAGUCGUUCGCGUUUAACGCUUAGUUUUGUACCGUUCAUAAAACUCGUCUUUGGUACGAUUUUACAUUUUAUUUUUAUAAUAAUGCAGUAGACGUAGAGUGGUGUGUUCGUAGCAAUGUAAGUGGCGCUGUUGUACCUUUCCUUUCUUGCGCGCAUAGGCGUACCUCAAGCAAGUUACAUAUAAUUUUUGUACGAUGAUCGCGGAAUGUGCAGAUCCGAUAUUAUAAGCCAUAAAAAAUGAUACAUUGUAAUUUUUAGAGAGUACCAAAAAAAAAAAAAAAAAAAAAAUGUAAAGAUUACUCUUUUUUUGACAGUUUACUUUGAUAUAUAUAUCAGGAUGUUCAUUUUUUUCUUAUGAACACACUUUUCACUCCGCAUUACACAUAUAUAUUUUAUUCUCGAAAAUGAAAAAUCUUUUUAUCUGAAUGAAAUUCGAGUAAAGAAAAGAAGAAAAAAAAAAUAAAUAAAUAAAGAGUCAAAUUUUAUUUCGUUGAAUAAAUAAAUAAGACAUGUUAGAACAAA